AUGCCCCAAAUGGUAUUGAUUGUUAUCCCGUGCGUGCACAUGCAAGGAUGGUUGGUACUCCGUGAUCGUAAAAGAGCUGAGGCUAGGGGAAGUGAAGCCAUAGCUUCAAAACCACUUUCUCGUAACACAGCACAAGUGCCUCUUGGCUUUUCUGCGGCAUUAUUGGCCGUGAUUGUCAAUGUUUGGUCCUUGAACCUGACUACAGGAGAUGAUGAUAAGCCUAUUGAGAGUAUACAAACUGCCCAAAUUGCUGCCAGAAUUCCCCUACUGAAAACCUGUCCGUUCAUGAGGAAGAAGAAGUGA